GGAAGUGUAGCUUUACGACGAUUUGGAGGAAAGCUGCAGGCCGGCGUUUGCUGCUUGCGAUUUUCGGCUGCCCACGUGGGAGACUGUCGGUGGACCGGCGUAGAAUUCGUCCCUUUUGGCGUCUAUAAGCCACUGAAGGACACAGUGCGAGCGGAGGCCACUGGUCGUGAGCUGAUGGAUAUUGCUGUUGCAAAUGAAGGGACAUUGAGUGGAGGUCUGCCUGGUAGAGCUGAGGGGGCGCGGCUAAGUCUCGAGUCUGGUAGGGAGGGAGUCGGGGGCACAGCAGGGCCGGAUGCUGGCAGUGUAGAAGCGAGGAAUGGACUGGCAGGAAUGGAGAAGACAGAGGGUAGAGAAGGAAGUGGACAAAAAACAGAGGAGAUGCGUGUGGACCUAACGGUUGUGAAACAAGAAGUUAUGGACUGGUCGGAAAUGGAAGACGGGGUGCUGGAUGGCCCGUGGGUAAAGCAGGAGCUGGAGGAUGGGCCUGAGGUGAAAGAGGAGAAACCAGGCACUUUGGAGGUGAAGCAGGAGAUGGGUAGUAGUUUUGUGGUAAAAGAAGAGAAAGUGGAUGAAGCAGAGGUAAAAGAAGAGAAAGUGAAGGUGAAGGAGGAGGUUAUGGACUGGCUAGAUGUGAAGGAAGAGAAGAAAGAUAACUUGGAGAUAAAAGAAGAGGUGUUUGUUGCUCAGAACAUUAAAAAGGAGGAAGUGAUGGAUGAAGUUUGUAUAGAAGAAGAGAAGUAUUUCCCAAAGGAAGAAGGGAUGGAUGAUACAAAGGUGAAAGAAGAGCCUCAGAUAAAUCCCCCAGUGGGUUUAAAACGGAAACUGGCCAUGUCAAGGUGUGAAACUUGUGGUACAGAAGAAGCGAAGUACAAGUGUCCACGUUGUAUGCGAUAUUCCUGCAGUUUGCCCUGUGUAAAGAAACACAAAGCGGAACUGACCUGUAAUGGAGUUCGAGAUAAGACUGCAUAUAUUUCCAUACAACAGUUUACUGAAAUGAAUCUCCUAAGUGAUUAUCGGUUUUUGGAAGAUGUGGCAAGAACAGCAGACCACAUUUCUAGAGAUGCUUUCUUGAAAAGACCAAUAAGCAAUAAACAUAUGUACUUUAUGAAAAAUCGUGCCAGAAGACAAGGUAUUAACUUAAAGCUUCUACCCAAUGGAUUCACCAAGAGAAAAGAAAAUUCAACAUUUUUUGAUAAGAAAAAACAGCAGUUUUGUUGGCAUGUGAAGCUCCAGUUUCCUCAGAGUCAAGCUGUGUACAUAGAAAAAAGAGUACCAGAUGAUAAAACUAUUAACGAAAUCCUAAGACCUUAUAUUGAUCCUGAAAAAUCUGAUCCUGUAAUUCGUCAAAGGUUGAAAGCCUACAUUCGCUCUCAAACUGGGGUCCAAAUUUUAAUGAAGGUUGAAUAUACACAGCAAAAUUUAGUAAGGUAUUAUGAACUGGAUCCUUACAAAAGUCUCCGUGACAAUUUGAGGAACAAAGUGAUUAUUGAAUAUCCAACAUUACAUGUGGUAUUAAAAGAAUCCAGUCAUGACAUGGAAGUUCUUCACCAAGUGAAAAGUGAAUCUCCCAAGAACAUUGGCAAUCAAAAUUGAGCACUUCUUCUGGAGGAAGAAGGCGAAAAUUCCCAGACCGUUGCAGAGGACUGACUAUGCAUUGACUAGCUCGGAUGGCUGGGAUACUGUCAGUGGGUGGUUGAGAUUUUUUUUUUCUCUGAGAGUAAUUAAACAAUCUAAAAAUUUUUUCA